AUGGUCAAUAGGGGAUAUUACGUAAAACUCUGCGGAGAGGGCGCCACUACCACAUUCUUAAAGCUUAUCACGAAACACGAAAUUGAAAUUUCGUUAUCUGUCUCUCUAUCACUCUUGUGGAUUUGAGCGAUAAAGAGGCCAGAUAGCAAAAUUUCGAUUUUCGCGUUUAUUUUUUCUAAUGUUUCGUCUGGACGGGCCUUAACUAUUUAGUCUAUGGAUCGAUUGUGACAUUUAAAUGACACUUAUGACAUUCUUCAUUUUAUAAUCUGUGGUUAAUGUAUUCCAUUGCGCUGGCCGUCGGUAAAAAUAUCUUAUUUCGGCUCGGAAAACUCUAAUGUAUUGAUUUUCCCCGCCCGGUUUUAUAGAAAUUGACGGUAACUUAUCUUCACCAUUAUUUAGUUCAUGAAUUUAUUAUAACAUGGGUGACAGUGACGAUUAUUUCGAUGGUGUUGGGGCCAUGGACUCUAUGCCUGAUGCGCCUGAAGUCACCUACAACUGGGUUGAUGUCACCACUGAUUUCUUCAAACAUAUACAAGAUUUACAACUAGGUGAACUCUUACAUGAUGGUCAUCUUUUUGGCUUGUUUGAAGCCAUGUCGGCAAUUGAAAUGAUGGAUCCAAAGAUGGAUGCUGGGAUGCUUUGUAACCGAGGCAACCCCAAACCACUUAACUUUCAGCAGGCUGUUCAGGCAGGGAAAUUGAAAAUUGAUGACUUAGAGCCAAGUGAAUUGAUUGGUAUAAUAGAUGCAACAAUGGCUUGCAUUGUAUCAUGGUUGGAAGGUCAUUCUUUGGCACAGACUGUGUUCACAAACCUGUACUUGCAUCAGCCCCAUUCAAUCAAUAACAAGACACUAAAGGCAUAUUGUAUAGCUGUUUAUAAGCUGCUGGAUUGUAUAAGAGAUUGUAUUAAUAAAGCCCAAGUCUUUGAAGAAGAGGAUUUCCAGCCAAUGGGCUAUGGAUAUCGUCUUGGCUCGAACCCACAGACUGGCAACAAUUUUGGUCCCAACCUGGAUGUUCCGGAGCAGAAAUGUAUUGCCAUGCUCCGGGAGCAGGAGGAGGAACUCAAUAAGAAGGCUAGGGCUUCUGGUGAGGAGGACAAUGUAUGGACCGCCCUAGCUGCCCGCAUCCGCUUCACCAGGAUGUUCUACCAGGCCCUCCUCCUGAUCACCAAGAAGGACCCUCAGUCUGGUGCCGACUGCGUGGCCCUACUCAAUGGCUGCUCCGAGAUGAUGAAGCUCAUCAUCAAGACAGCUGGGCUGGGGACUCAACCUGUAGAAAACUCGGACUCUCCAAACCCGAUGGGGUUCGAGCCGAUGAUAAACCAGCGGUUGCUCCCGCCCACGUUCCCGCGCUACACCCGCAUCAAGCCGCGGGCCGAGGCGUUAGCUUACUGCGACGAGCUCGUGUCGAGACUGCGGCGCGCCUGGAAGAUCACGUCCUGUACCAACUUCCACACCGCACUGGACUUCUUCAUGGAGUUCAGCCGGCAGCGCGCCUGCAUCCUGUCCCGCUCGGCGCUGCAGCUGCUGUACCUCAGCCCGUCCCCCGCCAGCACCGCCAGCAUGGCCCAGAGCGCCAUGAACGCGCCGCCCGGCCAGCCGAGGCCGCCGCACGCCUUCGUCGAGAUAUUACGAGAGUCUGUUCGAAGCUUUGUUAAUCCACCGGCGUUGACCCCCAAAUCACCUAUACCUACACCACAGGCACGCGAAUUCGUAGAGAACUUCCUCGCUCGCUGCGUUCGUCCGUUCGCAGUGUUACUGCAAGUCUGCGGACAUAAUCGUGCACGCCAGCGAGACAAGUUGGCCCUACUGUUAGAUGAAUUCGCAGCGCUGCAAGAAGAGGCAGAAAGCGUGGACGCAGUGGUGAGCGGAGCAGCCGGUACAGCGCCGCGGGCGUGCUUUGGCACGUGGCUCUUAUACCAUGUUCUACGAGUCAUGAUCGCCUACCUGCUGUCCGGGCUGGAGUUGGAGCUGUACAGCGUCCACGAGUACCACUACAUAUUCUGGUACCUGUACGAGUUCCUGUACGGCUGGCUGGUGUCGGCGCUGGGCCGCGCGGAGGGGCUGGCGGGGGCGGGCGCGGCGGCGGGCGCGGGGCCGGGGGCGGGGGCGGGCGCGGGCGCGGGCGCGCGGCGCGCCGACGCCAAGAAGGGCGCGCGCAAGAAGAAGCGGACGCGGCCCUACGCCAGGGAGGCGCUCAUGUGCCAGGUCAUGCAGAACAUGUGCGGGGGAUAUUAUAAGGCUUUAGUAGCGUUCAAACUCCAAGGCAAGAUCCGGCAGCCGCAGUCGCAGUUCGACAACGAAGCCGUGCGGUACAAGCACCGCUUCGCGCCGCUGUCCGUGCUCACGCCGCCGCAAGUGCACUACCACGAGUUCACGGAGAUGACGCAGCCGGCCCAAUACGAAAAUCCUGUGAUACUAUAUUUAGGGGGAUGCAAACACUUUCAACAAGCUAGAUCGCUUUUAGAAACUAUCACAACUCCAGAUCAAGAGAUAACCGAUCUUCUAAAAGUAGCAAAAACAAAUUUCGUAGUAUUAAAGCUGCUAGCGGGCGGCCACAAGCGGGACUCUACGACGCCGCCGGAGUUCGACUUUACUGUACAUAGACACUUCCCCAUUAUCAAACUUGUAUAAUAAUAGUACACUGUGAUACAAGUGUGCUACGUUGCCGUAACCGUAAAGCCGAUGUGUGCAAUGACCAAUGCACACGCGUUUCAUACGUUUUUCGACGUUAUCCAAGCUAGUUAAAGCAAAGAGAAUUUGAAAUAGAGGUGGAUUGUUAAAGAAAAUUUUGUAGCCACGGUAAAUUUAAGUCUAAAAUCUGUCAUAAUGUCUGCCGGCCCGGCUGGCGGCGGCCGGCGCCCUCCAGUCCUUGUAAUCUACUCGACCAAUUUAAGAAGGUUCCGUCUCCAUACAUAUUAUUAGCGAUUAAUUACAAUCUUAACUCAAUCGGAUUAUCAUACAUUACCGCACAAGUGCUAUAAUAUAAUAAAAAAGCACGCGUGUGUAGUAUCUAGGGUUAUGAGCCUAAAAGCGGUUCAAUAAGUUCCACGUUACGAGCAAGAGUGUUGAAAAUAAAUCUUUAUAAUAUAGACAGAGUAAUGAACAACACUGUUGCCCAGUGUAUAUGACUGAAUGAGCCCUAACUGAGGUACAUUAUGGUCAUAACCUCAUAAGGAUCACGAGCGCGUAAUGUCUUUAUUCAGACUUUUCGCCGUUUAAGUUUAUUUUAUUCUCAAGGUUAGCGAUUUUAACUUUUAUUCAGUUUUUAUUUUUCGAUAUGUAUUCCCUUUUGUCGGUUAGUUAAUACAAUAAAACAUACCCACCAGUAAUAAUACCUGAAUCCAAUUUUCGAUCUGAUGUGAGGUCUGACCUAUUGUUAUAGUGCUAAACUUAUCAACUAUAUUGAACAAAGUUGCAUACGCCGGCCAAUUAGACCAAAUAUUUAAUCAUGAUAGAUUUUGAUAGAAUUAUUCGAAUUUUUAAGGAUUAUGUUAAAUUGUAAGUCUCACAAAUCCAACUAAUUACCAACAUAAAACUGUGUUUAACUUUCUUAUUGCUGAAUUAAAAAUUACUAUUAAAAA